UUUCUUAAUAUUAAAUAUGUUCCACCAAGAGCCAAGUCAGAAAUCAAUUUCGUUAAUAUCUUCUAUUUUGUUACAGAUUUAAAUACUAUUGACGAUUAGCAUUCCCUGUAAGUAUUAUGUAAAUACAUGCAUUUUGCGCGCCUGACUGAAUGUAGAAAUAUUUUUUUUUCAUUUUUAUAAACAAUGGGAAAUAAGAAACCUAAACUUAUAGCUUUUGAUUUGGAUUAUACUUUAUGGCCAUUCAGGGUUGAUACUCAUCUAACCCCACCUUUUACAAAAGGUGCCCAAGAUAAUAUUGUGGAUGCUGUUGGCGCAAGGGUCUCCUGUUAUCCCGAAGUACCGCAAGUUCUGAAACAAUUGUUUGAGGAUGACUAUACCUUAGCAGCCGCUUCUCGAACUGGAGAAAAACAUGGCGCUUUUCAGCUGCUAGAUUUAUUUGGGUGGAAUGAAUAUUUUAGUUAUAAAGAAAUAUAUCCAAGUUCCAAAGUAAAACACUUUAAUCAAUUUCGAAAGCAAUCUGGAAUAGAAUUCGAUGAAAUGUUGUUCUUUGAUGAUGAUUGUCGAAAUAUUGCUGCGUUGGAACGUAUUGGGGUUGUAUCAGUUCUAGUAAAGAAUGGAGUAAACACAAAUGUAAUUGAAGAAGGAUUGGCUGAAUAUGCUAGAAGACCUUAAGUCAGAUUAUUGUAUAAUUAGUAAAGACAAUUAUUUAUUUUGUUGGCCGUUUUUUUUAAGUAAAAGAAAUAAUGUA